AUGGCUAAUAGGACCAGGGUCACAGAGUUCAUCUUGAUUGGCUUCUCCCUGAGCCCUCAGACAGAGAUCAUCCUCUUUUUCCUCUUUCUCAUGUUCUACUUGGUCACCGUGUCCGGAAACUUGCUCAUCAUCACCAUCACACUGAUAAGCCAUCGGCUCCAUGCCCCUAUGUACUUCUUUCUGAGGAACUUCUCUGUCAUGGAGAUUUUAUUCACCUCCAUAACAGUGCCCAAGCUGCUGGCUGGGUUGCUUUUCCACAGCAAGACUAUUUCGUUUUUGGCAUGCAUGACACAGUGCUUCUUCUACUUCUUUGUGGGUGUGACUGAAUUUAUCUUCCUGGCCAUCAUGUCCUUUGAUCGCUAUGUUGCCAUCUGCAACCCUCUCCGUUACACCACCAUCAUGAACAACCGUGUUUGCAUCCAGUUGCUCUUGGCUGCUUGGGUUGGGUCAUUUUUUCCCAUUCUCUUCUCAGGUUUAAUUUUGUUCCAGGUGCCAUUCUGUGGCCCGAAUGUAGUGAACCACUUUUUCUGUGACAGUAUCGCGCUGGAGAAAAUUGCAUGCACUGAUACCCAUCCCGUGGAGCUGAUGAAUUUAAUUCUGGCAUCGCUGCUUCUCUGCGGCUCCUUGGUGGUCACUACAGUGUCUUACAUACACAUUUUUAUCACAGUGCUGAGGAUCCCCACAGCUAAAGGGCGGCAGAAAGCCUUCUCCACCUGUGCCUCCCAUAUCACCGUAGUCAGCCUCACUUAUGGGACCCACAUUUUCAUGCAUGUUCAGUCCACGGAAACCAGCUCCUUGGACCUCAACAAAGUAGUGGCCCUGAUGACUACUGUGGUGACGCCCUCCCUCAACCCCUUCAUCUACACACUGAGGAAUGAGGCUGUCAAACAGGCCUUGAGGGAAACUAUCAUCCAGAAGAAAUGCACAUCAUAG